AGAGCUUCGCCACCGACUGGUACACAGACACAGGCACCUCUUGUGUGUGGAGCUCUUCUUUCUGCGCCUUCCGGCUCGAAAAGAAGACGACAGGAAGGAUUGCUGCUUGGCCUUUGGGAAGCGAGAAGUAUCCUCUUGUUCAGCACCAGGCACAAGGCAAGGACGCCCGCGCACUGCAGUGAGCUGACGGAGCGUUUUGGCAAGGGGGAAGAAGUAUGGCCCCCCAACCAAGGGCGGCGCAGGUGUCCCCACCCAAGUCUUGGGACCAACAACAACAACAACCACCAGGCAGGGCGCUGGGCUCCCCUUCCUCAGCGGCAGCGCCCACUACCCUCGCAAGUGGAGCGGGAGGAGGGGGGCGGUACGCCCGAUCAUUGUCGUCCGUGAUUGGGCAGCCACAGCAGUUAGCGCAACAGCGCGGGGGGUUGCCGGUAAGGACGGCGGGAUCAGCACCUGCCGUGGCUGCCGGCAGCGGCGUUGCCGCAGGGGGCAUGAGUAGGCUCAGCUCCGUCGGCGGGCGCCCGGCGACUACCGGCGGAAACGUAGCAAGGGUUGCUUCGAGAGGGCCUUCCGGAGGGGAAGGCGCCGCUGCUGUUGUCUCGACGGCGCAGCAAGAUGUGGGGGCAGCAGAAGCAACAGCAGCAGGUGCGACCGCAGCGAACGGCGGCUUGGCCAACGGUACGUCGACUGCUCCUGUUGUUGGGCAUCAGCAACAACAGCAAGCGGGAAACGGGACAUACGGAGGCGUCCAGAGCGGGUAUGGGUCCACGGCGGGGAAUUACGGGCCAGCGAAUCGAUACGGAACUACGGGCGCGUACGGGGGCGCCGGCGGUUAUGGGAGCAGUUACGGGAGCUCUUACGGGGCUGGAGGGUAUGGAGGGUACGGAGGAUACGGUGGCGGCUACGGCGGCGGAAUGUCCUCGAUGUACGGCGGGGGUUACGGCUCCUACGGGGGAGGGAUGUACGGUGCAAGCCGAUAUGGGAUGGGCGGGAUGGGGAUGGGCAUGGGCAUGGGCGGUAUGGACCACCAGUACUCAUGGCUGCACAGCAUCCAGCACUUCACUUCAUCCUUGGGAUACCUGACAGAGAUGCUGGGGAUGAACACCCAGGCGAUCGGCUUCGUUUUCGCGAACUUGAUGGGCUUCCUCGAACACAUAGGCAACAGCCUGACGUCGAUACAGCCGUGGCGAGAGUUCCCGCCCGGCCACCCGAGACACGGAGAACCGCCGCCGACACCAGAGGAAGAGCGGCGACGCUUGAGUCGACUGAGAGUGCUGCGGUUUGCGCUUACUCUCGUCGUUGCUUACGCUGGUUUCCGAGCAUCUCGCGCAUUACACCGACUCAUCUCUGGGCGACAUCGACCGAGACCGGCGAUCGCGCAGGCAUCCUUGGAAGACAUUUACAGCUUGCAGCAGCGGGGGCGCGUAGGCGGUGGGAACGGACAAGCGAGGACGGCGGUUGGGGCGGCAGAUAGAAUGGGUAGACAUCAACAGAGGGGGAGGGCGGGGUGGGGGGGUGGGGAGUCCGCUGUUGCCGGGGCGGGAGCUGGAGGUGGGGGCUUUGGAGGUAGCGGGGAGGGGUUUGAUGGCAUGGAUCCUUGGAGCGGGUUUUGAUGUUUAUUGACGGUUCGCUGUGUGUUCGUGAAGUGAGUGAAGACAGAGACGAGAUUGUAUUCAAGUUUCGAUCUUCGGAGACAUUUUGCACUGUUGCAUUUGGCAAGACUGCUUGUUAAAUCCUUUGUUUAGAUGUGGUCUGUGGUUCGCUGUCGGGCGAGUGAUUGAUAGUUUUGGUACCUGUCUUCUGUUGUCAGUGUGCCACUGUUUUCUGCCGUGUACCAUGAUCAAUACCGCGCGGAACCUUCUUGAGCGAUUGCUUGAUCGAGUUUUUGGUCGAGAUAUCUGUCCGAGCGCUGAAUGACGCACGGAGUGCAGGUAGAAGCGUGACUCAUGGGUGAAAGUCCUGUCCGUGACCCCCCAAAGUAGAAGUUCGGGUGCAUGAGAGAGCUUGCUCGGCGAGAGCUUGCAGUGACAAUGUGCUCGGCUGACGUGGGAUUGCGCAUGCCUCGUUUUCGUACGUCCGGGUACCGUAGUGUGCUUCCGAAAGGUGCGGCUGAGCCACCGGAUCCUGGUGUCUGCUCUCGUGGUUUGUGGUGUUCAGUCUUGUCUACCCCCAUCAUCUUCGUCCCGUCCAUCACGUCCGCAAAACUGCGGUUAAAUCUCGAAUGGGAAGUCUUUCUGUGUGUGUAUUCUUGUACUUUUCCUGAGGAUGUAGCAUUACCCAAACCGUAUCGUUGCCGCUUCAAAAAUGUCAUGCUCGGGCCGCACACCCCGCGCUCUUAGUUACUUGCGAAAGGACGGUGCUUCGUCUGUUUCACGUUGCGACCU